UACAAAGAACACGAUGAUGUUCAUUUGGUAGUCAACAAAGUCGGACCUUUCAACAACCCUACCGAAACGUACCGUUACUAUUCCUUGCCCUUUUGUUUCCAGCACGCCACCGCUGCGGAAGAACAGGAACAUCGACUGGGCGAGCACAUUGUCGGUGAUCGCCGGGAAACGUCGCCCUACGAAAUUACCUUUCAGGAUUCGGUCGACUGGCGUUUGUUGUGCAAAACGGAGUUGAAAACGAAAGACUUGGAAAAGUUCAAGGACGCCAUCCAUAAGGAUUACUUUUUUGAAUUCUUCAUUGAAGAUCUCCCCAUGUGGGGAUACAUCGGUGAUGCCACGGAUGAAGAUUUGGUAAUGGGAGAAGUCGAUGGGACCAAGACGUUUCUGUUUCCGCAUUUGCACUUUGUUCUCGGUUUCAACGGAGACCAGAUUGUUAGCACCAAGGUCACCACGGAUGUGGAGCGUCGUGUCGAUAUUUCGGAUACUUCCGAACCGAUCGAAGUAGCCUUCUCGUACUCGGUGGAAUGGUUCGAGGAACCCGAACUCGCGUGGAAGGACCGUUUGUCCCGCUACGCUGAAUCGAGAUUUGUUCCCCCCAACUUUGAGAUUCACUGGCUUUCCAUCAUCAAUUCGAUUGUCCUAGUCCUGUUACUCACGGCCUUUUUGACCAUUAUCCUCUUGCGGGUCUUGAAGAACGAUUUCUCCCGCUACAUGGAAUUGGACGACGAAACACUCGAGGAAGAAGAGUCCGGAUGGAAGCUGAUUCACGGAGACGUCUUUCGAUUCCCUCAGCACUCGGACAUCUUUUGCGCCGCGGUAGGUACCGGAAAUCAGCUAAUGAUCUUGACGUUAUUUCAUUUGACGUUGGCGCUAUUGAACAUUAUCUCCACUACCCGGCGCGGUUCCAUUCUUGCCGGAGUGGUUGUGCUCUACUGCCUCACCUCUUUCGUCGGUGGAUACACGGCGGUUAGAUUGUACCGUCAAAUGAACGGCAAGAACUGGGUCCGUUGUAUUCUGUUGCAAGCUGCGCUCUUCCCUGCGCCCGUUGUGACCGUCUUUCUGUGGGUGAAUUCGCUGGCCUUGGCGCACGGCUCGACGAGUGCCUUGCCAUUCACCGCCAUUUUGACGGUCGUCGCUCUCUACGUCUUUGUCUCCUUCCCGUUGACCGUGUUUGGAGGUAUCAUGGCCAAGAACUACGCGAGUGCCGACUUUGAUGCACCGACCCGAACCACCAAGGUGGCCCGCGAAAUCCCCACCGAGGUUCCCUUUUACCGUGGCCGUCCUUUCCAGGUCGUCAUUGCGGGUUUCUUGCCGUUUUCCGCCAUUUACAUUGAGCUGCACUACAUAUUUGCGUCAAUGUGGGGACACCAGAUUUACACGCUGUUCGGUAUUCUCUUUUUGGCAUUUGUGUUGCUGGUAAUUGUGACCUCGUUCAUCACGGUGGCGCUCUUGUACUUUCAGUUGGCACGUGAAGAUUACCGAUGGUGGUGGACUACUUACGUGAAUGGCGGUAUGACGGGAGUUUUCAUCUUCCUUUACUCAUUUUAUUUUUACUUUCAACGAAGUGGGAUGAAUGGAGUGUUGCAGGGAUCAUUCUACUUUGGAUACAUGUCGAUUGUGAGCCUGGCCUUCUUUUUGAUGUUGGGAGCGGCCGGUUUCCAGUUUAGCAUGGUCUUUGUACGUUACAUUUACUCGCGAAUCAAGAGUGAUUAA